AUGUGUUUAGCUGACGCGUCAAAUUCGCUUGCUCGGGUCCUGUCAAUUCAGAGUCAUGUGGUCUCUGGAUAUGUUGGCAAUAAAGCAGCAGUCUUUCCACUACAGCUGCUCGGAUAUGACGUGGACGUCUUGCCGUCGGUGACACUUGCCAACCACACAGGAUAUGCGAAAGGGGCUGCUGGACCUCGGCACACUGCUGAAGAGGUCGCAAUUUGGCUGGAAGGGUUAAGAGUGAACAAUCUUCUCGCUGAUGUCACUCAUCUUCUGACUGGUUAUAUCGGAACUCCUGGUGCUUUAACUGCGGUUGUCGACGCUGUUCAAUUGCUUCGAAAGGAAGCAACAGACAAAUUGGUCUUCUUGUGUGACCCCGUACUGGGCGAUGACGGAAAACUAUACGUUCAUGAAAAUGUCGUCAAGGUGUAUGUUGAUCAAGUACUCCCUCUGGCAACCAUACUUACACCAAACGCUUUUGAACUGGGCGUCCUCACUGGACGGAAGAUUGAAACACGGAAGGAGGCAUUCGCUGCGAGUGACUAUAUGCACGACAAGUACUCCAUCCCGACUAUAAUUGUCACCGGAACACGGUUUGACAGCAACUCAGGCAGAGUCGCAGUUCUCGUCUCCUCAUGGGGAAACGGCGAGGAUUCAACGCGUUUCGCUUUAACAGCGGAGUUUAUUGACGGCUCUUUCACCGGUACAGGAGAUCUUUUAGCGGCCCUCUUGCUUGCCUGGACAUCUCGAUUACCCGGAGAUCUGGUAGCAGCGUGUCGCAAUGCCAUGGCAUCCGUCACAGCUGUGUUGAAGAGAACGGUUGCGACACCGAGAGGUAAAGGCUUGACAGAAAAACCGGAAUUGAAACUUAUACAGAGUCAGCGAGAGAUUUUGAAGCCACCUGUUGAACUGGUAAAAGUGGAAAUGAUCUCGACCUAG